CCACACGUGUUAAUACGAAAAGCGUGCCAACUACUUUCGCCGUCAUCGCGUUUUGACGUUUCCGUCUGAAAUUCCCAGAAGGCAAAAACCGCCAUUGAAACAUUUCGACAAGCUUGAAUCUCUAAUUUAAGCUUGAACAAAACUCUCAGAAGCUCGUACGAAAACAAGUCCAAUACUGUAGUAAUGAAGAGUUUAUUAUCAUUAGGGAGAUUGAUAAAUCGAUCGACUCUCCGCAGCAGCAAUAGAUUGUUAACAAAACCCUAUGUAGCAGAAAAUGGUGCAAUUUCUGCAUCUCGUCGCUUCUUAUACGCUUUAUCUUCCAAAGCGCCCAUUAAUUUAUCUGAUUUCACUUCGUUAAAGCCUUCGCAAUUCCCUUCUUCUCAUUCCUCCCCAUGGAGCCACUUCGGAGGCCAGAAGAGGACCAUGUUUAUCCAAACUCAAUCAACUCCUAACCCUUUAUCCCUUAUGUUCUAUCCUGGGAAGCCGGUUCUGGAAAUUGGGAGUGCAGACUUUCCAAAUGCUCGUUCUGCCAUGAAUUCACCGCUGGCAAAGGCUCUCUUUGGGAUAGAUGGGAUUACACGUGUAUUUUUUGGAUCAGAUUUUGUUACUGUUACAAAAGGUGAAGAUACUUCCUGGGACUUCCUCAAACCCGAAAUAUUUGCAGCAAUUAUGGAUUUCUAUUCUUCUGGGAAGCCGCUGUUCCUCGACUCCAGCACUGCAGCCUCCAUGGAUACAGCUAUCCAUGAGGAUGAUUCAGAAACAGUUGCAAUGAUUAAGGAACUCUUAGAGACUCGUAUUCGCCCAGCUGUACAAGAUGAUGGUGGGGACAUUGUAUACCGAGGAUUUGAUUUAGAUACGGGAAUAGUCAAAUUGAAAAUGCAAGGAGCUUGCAGUGGAUGCCCUAGCUCAUCCGUUACACUUAAAUCUGGUAUCGAGAACAUGCUCAUGCAUUAUGUGCCCGAGGUUAAAGGUGUGGAGCAGGAAAUGGAUGAAGAUGAAGAACCUGGAUUAAGUGGUGCACCAUAUGAGUAGUAAUACUGUUAUAGCUGCUUUAUAGUUGAUUUGGUGAUAGAGAGAUCUCAAUCAGGGAAGGCAGGACUUGUUCAUGCUCCUCCAUGGAAAGAGUGAGUAAUGUUGAGUGCACAAGUUUCUUGCAUCUAUCAAAUUCACGCGAGAUAAGCUACUAUAUGCAUCGAAAAUUAUAAUUCGGCAGUUCUUUUGAUAACAUUCUAAUAAAUAGUUUCCGCUAUAUGUUUAGCUGGAUAGGAGACGGGACAAGUGGUUGCAACAUGCUCCUAAAUGAGUCUAUAAAGAUGCAGAAGUGCAUAUGUGUGCAAAGUUUUUUGAAGUUGCUAACCAUACGUUUGUUUAUUAUCUGUAUGUAAUUUUUCAUUUUAUGUCUUGUACAUUUUGAAUGGUGAAGUGUGGAUCCUUGUAUAUAGAAUCAAAAUCUCGCCGAGGAGAGAAGAAAAUGCAUAAACCAUUUGGAGGAGCA